AUGGAGGCGUGUGUUGGGGGUUGUAGGAAUGAAGGAGAGGUGGGGAAACAGGACGUCUUGGAAAGGUUACGGACGUACUGGAGUGAUGAGAGGAUGAAGCAAAAGGAUGUAAAAGAAAGACUUUCACCGGACUGUGGUCAAGCACGUUCAACUGAACAUGCAUUAAAUCCAUUUCAAAAGAUGCGAGGCGGUAGUUGCGCGGUACUCCCCGCUGUAUCUCAUCCCUUAUUUUCUUUUGUUGUGUGUGAUAAGGUGUUUUCAUGUGGUGGUCUUUUAUUAUAUAUAUAUUUUUGUGUAAGUGCUCUUUCUUUGUACGGAUGGUUGGUGUCGUUGCAAACGUGUGAUCCUCUUUUACCGGGUGUACUGUCAUUGUUCUCGGUCGGUGAUGCCGUCUGUCCUUUACUCUGCCACGCUGGAACCAAGGACGCCACCCACAACGUGCAUAGAUAUAUACAUAUCUAUAUAUACAUGCGUAUAACGUAA